AUGGAAAGAAAGAUAUUGCGGAAAGUCUAUGGACCAAUUAAGGAUAACAACAGCGGUGAAUGGAGAAGGAGAAAAAAUACAGAACUGGAAAUAUUAUUCCAAAAUACAACCAUAUCAGAAGUGAUAAAAAAACGAAGACUCCAAUGGGCAGGCCAGGCUUGGAGGACCCAUAAUGAGCUAAUUAGAGCAGUAUUAGAACAAAACCGCGAGGAAAAAGACCGCUGGGAAGACCCAAAACAAGAUGGGAAGACGUAGUUAAAAAUGAUGUACAAUCGUUAGGAGGAGGAACAAAUUGGAAAGAAAGAGCAAUGGAUAGAGAAGAAUGGAGGAACGAGUGUGAGAUGGGAUGGUCUUGAAAGGCCUUUAACCAGAAAGAAGAAGAUGAAAUACUGUAAACACUAUAAAAUAUAAUGAGAUAUGAAAUUUGUCAAGAAAAUUAUAUUAUGCUUAUAUAUUUUCCUAA